CGCUCGACGGUCGACUGCUUCUGUCUGGGUGCUCACAGCAGCUGCGUGGAGCCGCUCGUGGUUUCAGUUGAAGAGUCGUUUUUCAAACUGUCACCUUCUGCUCUCAGUUCGUCACUUUUAAUCUAUCGAUAAUGGCGAACGACUCCGUGAAACUGUCCAAAAACCUCCUGAGGAUGAAGUUCAUGCAGAGAGGUCUGGACGCUGAGACGAAGAAGCAGCUGGAAGAAGAUGAGAAGAGGAUCAUCAGUGAUGAGCACUGGUAUCUGGACCUGCCGGAGCUCAAGACUAAAGAGAACUUGAUCAUAGAGGAGAAGAGCUUUGUUCCCUGUGAGGAUCUGAAGUACGGUCGCAUCUCCUUCAAAGGUUUUAAUCCAGAAGUCGAGAAACUGAUGGCUCUGAUGAAUCCAAAGGAGGAGGAAGAAGAACAAGAGGAGGUCAGCCGGAUGCAGACGGACGUCACAGAUGAAGAGAUGGCUCUGAGGUAUGAGAGUUUAGUCGGAAGCAUGAAGAAGAAGUUUGCAAAGAAGCGUCAGAGAUCAGCGACGGAAGAAGAAGACGUCAACCACAACGUUGUAGAAACCAACACAAAGCGAGUGUUUCUGAAGCCUCGGGACUGAUCCUGCUGCGCCGCUCUGUGAACGACUACAAUACUUUUUUAAAGUGUUGGCAGAAGCUGAGCACUAGUGUUGACUGUAGAGCAGCACCACGGCGCUCUGCAGCUGGUUGGAUGUUAUACAUCCGAUUUUUUUUUUUUUUUUUUUUUUUUUAAAGAGAGACGUGUGUCUUUGAGACGCUGAUGGAAUUUUUACUGUACAGAAUAGAUGAAAGCUGCAUUAAACCCACAGCUCAGUGAA